AUGCGUUACUCAAUCAUUGCUGCUCCCAUUGCCCUUGCCGCCAGUGUGUCUGCUGGAGACUAUGCCACCUCCUACGAGGUUGUCAGCACUCUGACCACAUACUGUUCAUCAGCCACCUCUCUGUCUAUCAAUGGCAAGAUCCACACUGUCACAGAGGCCACGACUUUGACAAUCACUGACUGCCCUUGCACCUUGACGCACUCAGCCGUUGCAACCAGCGCAAGCCCCGUCGCCGUCUCCUCGACCCCGCUUGCCCCUCUUGUGACCCCAGUCGUUUCCUCGGCCCCGGUCGUCGUGGCGCCUUCGUCCACCCCAAGCCCGGUCGAGGCAGCCACUUCCACCCCGGUCGCCCCCGUCGUCGUGGCGAGCUCUUCGACCCCAGCCGUCAUCCUCAGCACCGCCCCAGCUGCUCCCGUGGUCCCACUCAGCAGCGCGGUACCCGUUGCACCGUACCCAGUGUCCAACAGCACCACCCUUGUCCCUGUUGGUACUGCUGCGGCCGGCACCGCCUCUCUGUCUGCUCCCUCGGCCUCGCUGGGUUCCACUCCGGCCACCACUCCAGUGGCCAAGACGCCCUUCAAGGGUGCCGCCAACAAAGUGGCCGCUUCCAGCGUCAGCCUUGUCGCUCUGUUCGGUCUCGCUGCCUACCUCCUGUAG